AGAAAAACACACGAAAAUAACGCACGAAAACGCUCGGACCAUCAUACCAUAAUUUUAAUUUUACAAAAGCGUCUAACAACGAAUUGUAGUUCAAAGCUUUCUGUCUUGAACUACAAAUGGAUCCUGAUGUAGACUACUAUGACCGUUAUGAUGACAGUGACAAUGAGCGUGCAGAAAGUUCAGAUGAUGAGAUUGACAUUCUGCUCCAUGGAACCCCAGAGCAGAAGUGUCGCCUGUGUCAGCCAUCACCUGGCGUCGGUGUAGUUCAGAGGGAGAAACCUGGCAGCGAGGAUGAGUGGGAGAAAGAGAUGAACGCAGAGCUGAAUGGAAGAGUAAAAGAGCUGGAGAGACGCAGAGGAUCUCUCUCGGAUGCGGGCUGUUCUGGGGGAUCAGUGAUGGAUCUGGAUACUGAAGAGCCCGUCAAGUUUUAUGACGAUGUUUACUUUGAUUCUGAUGAAGAGGAUAUGGUCAAUACAGGUGAUGCUGCCCAGAAGAAAAGGAAACAGCACACAGAUGAAGAUCUACUGUACAACCCUGAGGAAGACGAGGACAAUGAAAAGUGGAUUGAGUCACGGAGGCGGGAGUACCUGCCUAAGCCUGGCCCGAUCCCUGGGGGGUCUAAGGCAAAGACCAAGAAAAAGAAGCCCCUUCCAAGUAGUGAUGCAGUUCUGGACUGCCCUGCCUGCAUGACUACACUGUGUAUGGACUGUCAAAGACAUGAUGUGUACAACAACCAGUACCGAGCCAUGUUUGUCUCCAAUUGUAAGGUGGAGAUGGGAGAGCUACUUAAAUUCCCAAAGGCCAGUAACAAGCGGAAUAGGAAGAGCAAAUCAAAAGAAGGUAGCACAAACGAGCCAAGCUGCGACGACAUGUUUAACCCUGUCAAAUGUACAGAAUGUAACACUGUUGUGGCUGUGUAUGAUAGGGAUGAAGUGUAUCAUUUCUUUAAUGUCCUCGCAAGCUACUGACAUGGAAUACGAUGAAAUUGCUUGGUUAUAAAGCUAAUUGUUGGGGAUGACUGAUUGAUAAUAUCUUGUAUGUUCUGUUGUCACUUGACUUUUCCUCACUGCAAGAAACACUUGAAGCAAACUUGUUGGAGUGACACGUUUGUUAGCCCUACACUGGGUUGACCACUGGGUUGGCCACUGGGCUGACCACUGGGUAGCAUAAAAAUGAUCUCUGUACUGAAGGUCAAGCCUUCAAGAUUGCAGGUAUUAGCAAAGAGACACACAAACAUUCUGGAUUGAGGAAAGCACUGACCAUGACUUCUGUGAUAGACGUGGAGUGAAGUGAACCUUACUGGAUACAAUAUUUCAUCAAUUUUCUGUAUUGUUGAAAAGUUCUCACCAAUUCCAUUGACAUCAAUGGACCACAGGAAUGGUAUAGCUGUUUACUGUGAUUCAUGGAAACUAAAUUCCACAUUCCUGCAUCUCUCCUGUACAAGAAACUGAACAAACCAUUGUGACGGACACAUGAUUAUGUUGUUUUUUAUUGUCUGUGUAUGACAUUGAAUAUACAGAUAACCUGUCAUGAUGGGGCCUGUGCCUAAACCAUUACUGCAAAGAAAAGAAAUCAACAAAAAGGUUUGAAAAUAAGAAAUUACACCUAAUGAUUCAGCGAAUUUAUAUUGUUAAAUGGUAACAUGUAUGUAUGCAUAAUGUAUUAUAUAAUUAUCACUUCUUGAGAUGUCCUGAUUUUUAGGUCAUUGUAAAUUGUUUUUUGAACUUAAAAGAUAGUAAGGUGUACAGCCACCUCAACUGCAAGUUGAUCUGUCAAAUCUUACUAUUUGAUUUGUGAUCAUUCUCUGUCUGUAAAAAUUGGUUCGUAUUCAUUACUGCAAAUACAGAUUGUAAUAUUUCAGUCUGCAAAUACUCCACUUUCAACUAAUUUACAAAUUCUUCCUACUUCUUGCCUUACGUAGAAGGUAAGUUACAAAUGCAUUGUAAUAUAUCAAUAUAGGCUAUCCAUUUGAAGCAUUUUUGUUUUUCUGUUACCAGCUAAAAUCAUGUGGAUGACAAUAGUAGUAGUAUUUUGUAAAAACAAACUUGCAAAACUUGGUAAACUUUAAUACAUAAAUUAGUUAUUGUCUUAGUAAUUAAAUUGUGUUUUCAUU